AUGCUCGCUGCUGGAAUUCAUCUUCAGUUUUGGAAUAAAAUUCGUCGUCGAGCCUCGUUCAUCUACAUUGGUCAAAGUGUAUACUUACAAAAACAGAACAGAAGAGCCCAACAUUUGAACGAUCGUUUGAUUCGGGCUAGAAUGCCUCUGUCUGUCUACCAGGAAUUCCUCGGUCGAGAUGCUGCAAAUUUUCACUACGGAGGUAGAUCGUAUUACAUACGAACAAACGCCCAGUUGACCAUAUUGGUCGUAGAGUUAACAAAUUUUAAUCAGAUGGAGGAAAAAUACACAUUACCCAAACUUGUCAGACUGCUCACAUUGAUCGUGGAUCAUUUCGAUAAACUGGCAGCCGAACACAUGUGCGAACGCCUAUCCACCCGACCCCAUGAAUUCAUUUACACCAGUGGGAUCAGUAAAGUACGCCCUCAUCAUGCUAGAUCUUGUACGGAGCUGGCCAUUGAUAUGCUACGUACAAACAGUUAUUUCAAUUUGGAUCCAGGUUCCUCUUUUAUAUUCCGAAUGGGAGUGCAUUCGGGCAAAGGAACCGUAGUCAUCUGGGCCAGCGAUAUGCUACCCUAUGACAUACUGACGACCGAUAUUCAGAUUUCUCAGAGAAUCAAAGAUUUUGGAUCACCAGGUCAAGUGUUAGUUUCACAAACAACCUAUUCUCGAAUCAGUGAACAUUUUAACAGUAAACUGGUCGGUCAAAUUCGUCUGGAUCCCUAUUUUACUGUACUUUGGCCAACGUAUCCAGAGAGCAAUUCUAAUCCGCGAGUGCUGAGAGUAUAUCGGAUAGAAGAGGAUGACGAAGAUACACUACAAGUCGGUACUUCACUUAGUAGUGAUGUAGACAUGGGAUUACUCGGUCAAGUUGUGAAAUUGACUGAGCAUAACCGGUUACACAAUCGCCAACAACUGAGCUUGGUGAAUCGUGGCGAACCGCACCUAUUGUUCCUGGCUCCAUGCAUGCCACGUCUCAGUGUGUUUAGUUUAGCUCCAAAACGGGAAAGCACCGCACGUCGCUGCUCAUCAUUUAUUCAACAAACACGUUGGAAUACAGACCGAGAAGAGGUAAUGGAUGCGGAGAAACAUCACGAAAUUGACGCGCAAGUUUUACGUCUUGUUACCGAGUUACGUGCUGAUCCGAAGCACCAAAUUGGUUUGAUGCAAUACGUCCCAUUGGGUCGCUGGACCAAUCUUUUCAUUAAUCCAGAAUUGGAAUGGCACUACGAAACUCAUGUCCAAGACACAAUUGAUGGAACCGGACACCGGUUUUACGGAGCCAUGGUCAGUUUUCGUCUGAUUGCCGUGGUCAAUCAUAUGAUGGCUACCACAUCUCCUCUGUGGCUGACUUGUGUCGGAAUUGUGAUCAGCUUCGUAGCCUACCUGAUCAUUCAUCAAUCAUUCAUACAAGCCGCUCUAUUACAAACAGCCGCAUGUAUGCCCGAACAAGCAGUUCACGAGGUGGAAAUCUUCAUCAGUGAUUACAUAAUGGAUGUUUUUAUCAGUUUCGUUAUGAUAUGGAUAAUGGGUUGCGUGAAUGACCGGAAUUGUCGUCUAAAUUUUCUCUGCAUGCGUGAACUGCAGAUAUGUAGGGAAGAAACCGAACGAUUCGGUGAUCAGUUAUAUCGGAGUUUGGGACAGAUCUUACCACUUCAUUUGGUUAGAUUUAUUUUUGACCAACGGAUCCAGCGGACUUCUGUUUAUAGUGAACGUUGUUCAUCUGUUUUGAAUAAUGUCGGUAUCGCAACUCUGUAUAUUUCUAAUAUUUAUACAAGGUUCUCCCAACUACCCCCGCAAGAAUGGCACCUGGCUCUGCGUGUUAUAAAUUUGGCUAUGUGUGCAUUUGAUGAUUUGCUGCAAGAUAAAAAGUUUGAUGAUUUGUCCUACGUGCGUAACAGUAACGGCCAACUGGUGAUUGCCAGUGGACUGGAACAGUUCAUGGAGUUAGAUUCAGAUGACACGUAUCACUUAGAUCGCCUACUCGAGUUCUGCCUUGCCGCUCAACGGGUUAUGAAUGAACUAAAUGAAGAACAUCUGCGUGAUAUUCCACAAAUUCAUCUGAAAAUAGGUUAUACUCGAGGCACGGUGAACACGGCUAUUGUGGGCAGCGAACAGCCGUUCUACGCAAUUUGGGGAUUGCCAUUACAUAUUUCUGCUCGUGUGGCUGAAUCCGGACACUCCGGGGAGGUUCAAACCACCGUGGAUUGCACAGAUUUGGUAUCCAGUCACUAUGAGGUGAUAUUCUCGAAUGUAAUUGCCAUAGACAAUAUUGGAUUACUUGAAACUUUUGUUGUUCGUGCACGAUGA